CCUGAGUCAACGUAAACAAGCCCAGACCGAGACCAAGACACAGGCGGAGAGGACUAUGAAGACUGACCCUAUUUGACCUUAUUCUGACCUCCCCCUGCCUCGCCACCCGCACCCCUGCCCACCCCUCGCCCCCUACCCGACCCCUGAGGUGUGUGUGUCUGUGUGUGUGUCGCCUGUGUCAUCACCACCACCACCACCACCACCAUGGCGCACCUCACCUUCCAACAAGAGUACAUGCAGAUGCCGCCCGUCACCCGCGCCUACACCACUGCCUGCGUCGCCACUACUAUGCUGGUGCAAUUGGACGUGGUGUCUCCAUUCACUCUGUACUUCAACCCAACGCUGAUUUUACGGCACUACCAGAUAUGGCGUUUGGUGACCACGUUUCUGUUUUUUGGCACAAUGGGUUUCAAUUUUCUCUUCAACAUGAUCUUCACGUAUCGAUACUGCAGAAUGCUUGAGGAGGGGUCCUUCAGAGGCCGCACUGCUGAUUUUGUCCUUAUGAUGGUGUUUGGUGGUGUGGGCAUGAUGGUGUGUGCGUUGUUCUGCCAGCUGCUGUUCCUCGGGCAAGCCUUCACCAUUAUGCUCGUCUACAUUUGGGCCAGAAGGAAUCCAUUUGUGCGGAUGAAUUUCUUUGGAUUGCUAAAUUUCCAGGCUCCAUACCUCCCCUGGGUCCUCUUAGGGUUCAGUGUCCUCCUGGGUAACUCAGUGCUGGUGGACCUGGUGGGCAUUGCUGUCGGACACAUUUACUAUUUCCUCGAAGAUGUGUUCCCUCAGCGCUCAGGAGGUAUUAGACUGCUCAAGACACCCAGGAUACUGGUAAGGCUAUUUGAGACCCACCCAGAUGACCCUGCCUAUAACCCCCUGCCAGAGGAGAGGCCUGGGGGCUUUCCCUGGGGCGAGGCACUGGGGGGAGCGUGGCCACAGGGAGGGGACGGCCGCCAACAACAACAACAACAGCAGCAACAGUAGAGGAGGUGUGUGUGUGUGUGCGUGUGUGUGUUGCAGGAAGGAUAAGAGGAUUGAGCCUCCCUCCUCCUCCUCCUCCUCCUCCUCCUCCUCCUCCUCCUCCUCCUCCUCCUCCUCCUCCUCCUCCUUCUCCUCCAAUUUAGAGGAGCUUUCAUUUGUUCAUAUGUUUGUUAGACAUUCUUUGAUAUGGCACUGAUAACUCUCUCUCUCUCUCUCUCUCUCUCUCUCUCUCUCUCUCUCUCUCUCUCUCUC